CGCCGCCACCCCGGCCCGCUGCCGGGGGGCUCUGGGCGGGCCGGGGGAGCCCCCUGUCCCCCCUGGGGUCCCGGGAGGGUCCCCUCGCCCGGCGGGGUCCCGGCCCCGCGCUGGCAGCGCUGACGCCGCUCUCUGUUCCGCAGGCAAGGACGAGAAGGAGGAGAACAACUUCGACAGCCUGAAAAUGGAGGGCUCGCGCGGGCGGCUCCGCGGCGGGCUGGGCUGGGAGUCGAGCCUGCGGCAGCGGCCGAUGCAGCGGCACACCUUCCAGGCCGGGGACCCCUACUACAUCAGCAAGAGGAAGCGCGACGAGUGGCUGGCACGCUGGAAGCGGGAGGCCGAGAAGAAGGCCAAGGUGAUCGCCGUGAUGAACGUGGUGGAGGAGCCGGCGCGGGCCGAGGCGCAGAAGGAGGAGGAGGCCAGCCCGCCGCCCGGGCCGCAGCAGCCCACCGACCCCGCCUCGCCCAGCGUGGCCACCACGCCCGAGCCCGCCGUGGCCGAGGCGGGAGACAAGAACGCCUCCAAAUCCGCCGACGACGAGCCCGAGUACGAGGACGGGCGCGGUUUCGGCAUCGGCGAGCUGGUGUGGGGCAAGCUGCGCGGCUUCUCCUGGUGGCCCGGGCGCAUCGUGUCCUGGUGGAUGACCGGCCGCAGCCGCGCCGCCGAGGGCACCCGCUGGGUCAUGUGGUUCGGCGACGGCAAGUUCUCGGUGGUGUGCGUGGAGAAGCUGCUGCCCCUGAGCUCCUUCGCCAGCGCCUUCCACCAGGCCACCUACAACAAGCAGCCCAUGUACCGCAAGGCCAUCUACGAGGUGCUGCAGGUGGCCAGCAGCCGGGCCGGGAAGAUCUUCCCCGCGUGCCCCGAGAACGACGAGAGCGACACGUCCAAGGUGGUGGAGAUCCAGAACAAGCAGAUGAUCGAGUGGGCCCUGGGCGGCUUCCAGCCCUCGGGCCCCAAGGGGCUGGAGCCCCCCGAAGAGGAGAGGAACCCCUACAAAGAAGUUUACACGGAGAUGUGGGUGGAGCCCGAGGCGGCCGCCUACGCGCCGCCCCCGCCCGCCAAGAAACCCCGCAAAAGCACAACCCAGGAGAAGCCCAAGGUCAAGGAGAUCAUCGACGAGCGCACCCGAGAGCGGCUGGUGUACGAGGUGCGGCAGAAGUGCAGGAACAUCGAGGACAUCUGCAUCUCCUGCGGGAGCCUCAAUGUGACCCUGGAGCACCCUCUGUUCAUCGGGGGGAUGUGCCAAAACUGCAAGAACUGCUUCCUGGAGUGCGCCUACCAGUACGACGACGACGGCUACCAGUCCUACUGCACCAUCUGCUGCGGCGGCCGCGAGGUGCUCAUGUGCGGCAACAACAACUGCUGCAGGUGCUUCUGCGUGGAGUGCGUGGACCUGCUGGUGGGCCCGGGGGCGGCGCAGGCGGCCAUCAAGGAGGACCCCUGGAACUGCUACAUGUGCGGCCACAAGGGCGUCUACGGGCUGCUGCGGCGGCGGGAGGACUGGCCCUCGCGCCUGCAGAUGUUCUUCGCCAACAACCACGACCAGGAGUUUGACCCCCCCAAGGUGUACCCGCCGGUGCCCGCCGAGAAGAGGAAGCCCAUCCGGGUGCUCUCGCUCUUCGACGGCAUCGCCACAGGCCUGCUGGUGCUGAAGGACCUGGGCAUCCAGGUGGACAGGUACAUCGCCUCCGAGGUGUGCGAGGACUCCAUCACCGUGGGCAUGGUGAGGCACCAGGGCAAGAUCAUGUACGUCGGGGACGUCCGCAACGUCACCCAGAAACACAUACAGGAGUGGGGCCCCUUUGAUCUGGUCAUUGGGGGCAGCCCCUGCAACGACCUGUCCAUCGUCAACCCGGCCAGGAAGGGUCUCUACGAGGGCACCGGGCGCCUCUUCUUCGAGUUCUACCGCCUGCUGCACGAAGCCAGGCCCAAGGAGGGCGACGACCGGCCCUUCUUCUGGCUCUUUGAGAACGUGGUGGCCAUGGGGGUGAGCGACAAGAGGGACAUCUCGCGCUUCCUGGAGUCCAACCCCGUCAUGAUCGAUGCCAAAGAAGUGUCUGCAGCGCACCGGGCACGGUACUUCUGGGGGAACCUGCCCGGCAUGAACAGGCCGCUGGCGUCCACCGUCAACGACAAGCUGGAGCUGCAGGAGUGCCUGGAGCACGGCAGGAUAGCAAAGUUCAGCAAAGUGAGAACCAUCACCACCCGCUCCAACUCCAUCAAGCAGGGCAAGGACCAGCACUUCCCCGUGUUCAUGAACGAGAAGGAGGACAUCCUGUGGUGCACGGAGAUGGAGAGGGUCUUUGGCUUCCCCGUGCACUACACGGACGUGUCCAACAUGAGCCGCCUGGCCCGGCAGAGACUGCUCGGCAGGUCCUGGAGCGUGCCGGUGAUCCGCCACCUCUUCGCGCCCCUGAAGGAAUACUUUGCCUGCGUUUAGAGAUGGGCAGGAACUGGCCACACGGAGCGAGUCGGUAACAAACCCAUCCACGCCAAGAGAAGUGAACACACGGAAUGAGAGAAGAGUCAGCACCCAGAAGAGAGACGGGAUUUCGCAGCCCGACGGGAACCCAGCACGCGUCUCCCCGAGCGACAGGGGUCGGUGUCCUCUCCGGAAUUUCCCAGGAUCAGCUUUAGCUAUUUAAAAACAAACAAAAACCACAAGAAGCAAACGAAAACGAAGACGGCGAAAGCAAACAAACGAUGACGACGAAACGGAAGAAAAAAAAAAAAAAGAAAAAGAAAAGAAACCAAAACCUUUUUUUUUUUUUUUUUUUUUUGGGUAACCUUUUAAUUUUCCGCUCUUUUCUGGCUGGGUUUUCCUGUCGGUUCGGUUUCCGCUUCUCGGAGCGGCGGGCGAGACCAGACGCCGUCGCCAGCGCCGCUCUCGGAGAGGGGGAAACGGCAGCGGGAAAGCCCAGCGGGGAGGGAGGCGAAGGAGACCCGCUCUGCUCCGAGACCCGCUCCGAGUCCGAGACCGCUCCGCUCCGUCCGCGCCAGCAGCGCCCGGCCGGCCCGGCCCCGGCCCCGGCUGAGCCUCGCUCUGUUCCACCAGCACCGCUCUCCGGUGACAUGGAGCCAGCCCGGCAGGGAGGCCGGGAACCACACACCACACACACACACCUUUUCUACAGUAUUUUGGGUGCCUACCACACGGAAACCUUGAAGAGAGCAGAUCCUAGAAGCCGCUGUUACCUCUUGUUUACAGUUUAUAUAUAUAUGAUAGAUAUGAGAUAUAGAUAUAUAUAUAUAUAAAAGGUACUGUUACUACUGUACAACCUGACUUCAUAAUGGUGCUUUACACAGCGGGGUGAGUCGAGACAUCAGCUUCCACGUUGCCUUACGUGCCGGGCCUUUCCGAGCGAGCGGCAGGGCCGGGGCGGCCGGGCGGAAGCGUCUCCAUCCCGAGUCAUGCAAUAACCUUUUUCUGUCCCGAACGGAAGCGCCUCGGCGGUGCCCCCCUGCCCCGCCGGCGCCGCCCCGCAGCGUACUGGUGCUCUUCUGCGUACGCGGCGUCCGGCAGGGCCCGUGCCGGCUGCCCCGUGCCCCUCGCCGCGGGGCGGGCGGCGCGGGGCACGGCGCCGCGGACGGGCUCCGGCGCGGGGCGGCGGCGGCGGGGCAGGGGGCACGGAGCCGUGCCCGUGCCGGGGCGUUCGGGGCAUGGCGCGGGCAUGGCUCCCGGACCCUGGUGCUACAUCCGCGGGGCCGGGCUGGCGGCAGGAGGGCGAUGCCCCGGCGCGGCGCCGCGGCCGCCGGGCCAUCGCUCCCCUGCCCGCGCGCGGUUCGGAGCGAGCGCGUCCCCUCGGCGCCCCGCCGGGGGUGGCACGGGGAGCCGCGGUGCGAGCGGAGCGCGGGCAGGUGCUGGCAGUGCGUGGAUGGUGCUAUGCUCCCGGGCCCGGCGGGGCAGGGAGCGGUGCUGGGGCGCGGGGAGGCUCCCGGGGCUCCUCUCUAACUGUGAAAGGCGCGGGCCGCGGGGCCGCGCUCGCUGCGGGGUGCUGGCUAAUGGCAGCGAGCCGCGGCCCGCGCGCCCCGAGGUGCUGGGACCCACGAGGGGCGGCCGCGGGGCCCCCACCUCCCCUCCCUCCUGGUGCUACUGGGGGCUUGGGGGCCCCUCUGGGUGCGGGGGGCACGGGGAGCUGAGCUGAGCUGGCGGGGAGCGAAGGUGGCGAGGCAGGGGGGCACUGGCCCCGGGCUCCGGGCUCCUGCUCGCUCCCGGGGCCGGGAUGGCUCAGGAUGGCACCGGGCACAGGUCCUGCCUGCCCGCUGCCGUCUGAGCCCACGUGGCCCCACGAGCCUGUCUGUGGGGCUGGUAUGGCCCCGGGUGUUCUGUGUGGGGCACGGUGGGCACUGCGGGUCCUGCAUGGCCCUGCAGCACUGCUGCAGGUCCUGCAUGGCUCCACGCCUCUGGCUGUGGGUCCUGCAUGGCUCCACGCCUCUGGCUGUGGGUCCUGCACAGUCCCACAGACCUGGGUGCAAGCGCUGCAUGUCCCUGCAGCGCUGAUUGCAGG